UUAAUGCGCUUCACAACACUAAUAUCUGUCAAAUGUGGAGCUUUGACACUUCAUAGCAGCCAAGUUCACUUUGUCUAACACAGCUUCCUUUUUAGUUCGUGAUCUGCAAACUUUCAAUCCCCAAUUUUAAAAAUGUUGUGCAACUUUAAUCUGCAGGCCAAGGUCGUGUUGCAGCCGCUGGUUCUGUUCCAGAUCAUCGACUCGUACGAGCGACGCCCCAAGGAUGCCACACAGAUCAUCGGCACGCUGCUGGGCCGCUCUAAUGGAAAGGAGAUCACGAUCACCAACUGCUUCACGGUGCUUCACAAGGAGCACCCGGAUAGCGCCCGCAUCGACCUGGACUUGGGCUACGCCAACGACAUGCUGGAGCUCAACCAGCUUACCUAUCCACAGGAGAAAGUGCUGGGAUGGUUCUCCACCGGCAAGUCCGUGUCGCGAUCGGCGCUUCUGCUCCAUGACUACUACUCCAGGGAGUGCAGCGACGGGCAGCCACUGCACCUGCUGGUGGAUGCCACCCUCAAGGGUCAGAGGCUGUCAACGCGCCUGUACUGCGGUGUGGAAAUGGGGGUGCCUGGCGGCACAAAGGGCCUUAUGUUCUCCUUAGUUCCACUCGAGAUGGCCAGCGACAGCGCCGAGAUGGUGGCCCUGCGCCUGAUGCAGAAGCAAAACCUGCAGCCUGGCGCAAAGCAGGUGGGCCGCAUCCUCCCCGAGCUGGUGCAGGUGGUAGAGGCCACGCGGGAGCUGCAACUGCGCCUGGACUUGGUGCUGCGCUACAUAAACGAUGUGCUGGCCCGAAAGCGGCGGCCGGACAAUGUGGUGGGACGGGCGCUGCACGACACGCUUACUUCCGUGCCGUUGGUGGAUACGGACAACUUCAAGCUCAUGUUCAACGCCAACGUGCGCGACAUGCUGAUGGCCAUCACUCUCUCCACGAUGAUCAAGACCCAGCUGCAGAUUAGCGAGAAGCUCUUCGCCAUGCCCGACCACUAGGAAUCCUUAAGCCACACACUAGAGCAAACCUUCUAUCAAUAAAGAUUAGCAUUCCCGGUCAUUCCUGGACCAGGUUACCCGCCUUA